GGACGCUGUUCCGCCGUUCGGCGCCUGCCGGGGACGCAGGGACAGUCCUGGCGGAUUACUGACCUGCUCUGACGCGCAGAUGCACGGCUAGCGUGAGGAACGGGAGCAGUUUGUCUGGAUCCCAUCGCUACUGCCGGCGAACCCCUUCCCCCGCCUUGCAAACUGACUGCGAGGAGCAACGGGAAAAUAAGAUUUAACAAGCACCAGGCAUGUCUACUAACGAUCAAUCUCCAGUGAGAAUCAAGGUGGAGGAGGAGUAUGACCAGAUCCUAGUAGAAGACCAGCAGGCUCUGGUCCCAGAGGAGCCAUGUGACAUCGUGAAUGGUCAGGAGCAACCGAGUAGCCCAGAUUUCUCCAAACCUUACAGCCUACAGUUGGCCUGUGAGGAUACCUCAACCGGCCCACUGUCUGUCACUGAGACUGUGCAAGAUGGACAAGAGGUAGAGGAACAGCACUAUAGUCCCAGUACCAAGGCAUGGAGAAGGUCUGGGACAGACAGCAUGGGUUCUGAAGGUCAAGAAGAGUGUCCAGCAGAAGAUACGCCAAGUGUUGGGAUGGAGUAUGAUGGCCAGCUGCAGUUUGAGCAUGCCGCUGGAAGCUCUGAAGAUCUGUACAGCAUCGACCAGCAAAUAACACUCGGAGAGAUUCUCACCUACUGCCAGGUCAUGUAUGAGGCGAUUCAGAAACUUGAUCAAAAGUUUGAUCAGCUUCAGGCCAAGGUCACAAGCAUACAGACUGUCCAUCUCAGUCCUGGACUCUUCUCGCAGAAACCCCAGAUACUCUCCAACACCGGAGUACCUGUGCACCAGUUCAGAAUGGAUGGGUGCACGAUAACGGACUCUGGGCUUCCCAUGCCCCAGCUGGUCCGGGUAGGCUCCCCUCCGCCCUCCGUCCAGGGCGAGUCUAAGAAACCGCCACCCCUCUCUCCAGCCCCGGGGGUCCCCAGCCCCCCCCGGCUGGCCCCUCAAGCACGCAAAGGCUUGCAGGUUGAAAGCACGGCAGUGGCGGGUCCCAGGGAAGGUCCACCGGCAGCCAACACGGACACCGUGGAGACCCCUAAGAAAGCCUCUACGCCAAUGGCAGGCAGUGCCCCAAAGACUGCCCGCAAAAGCCCACCAGGAGCCAACCCUGGGAAACAUAAGACAGUGUGGCUGGGGGACCCCAGGAGGAAGGUGCGUAUCCCCAGUAGCGUGCUGCAGAAAGCGGGGGGUGCUAUGAGCCCGCGGAGCGCCGUGCGCCUCCUUCUGCGAAGCCUCUUCCCUGUGGAGACACUGACUUCCAGCAACAUCAUGGGCGACUCUGUGAGGGGCCUGAAGAAGCUGGACCCCAACAAGAUCGCAGCCAUGAGAGAAUGGGUCGCAAAGAAAUUUCCCACUUUCGAUCUGAAAGAGAAUGGCAGGGACUGGAAAGCCUGCGUCUCCAUCAUGAACUCCACUGCCAGAUACCUCCGAUUUGAGGCCAAAAAGCAGAGGAAACCCAAGGUGCAGAGUGACACUGCCAGUGACCCGCUGGCGUCCGCUGAUCCUGACCCACCUGCAAUGAACCCUGCCGCCGAGAUCGACGUGGAGCUGUCCGACGGUGAGGGAGAUGGGCCCAUUCGCUCCCGCAAGGCCUCAGCCUCAGCCCCCCAUCAGAGGGCACCGGAGAGCAGCUCCAAGCCCAGCUUGGAGAGUGGAGAGACCACCAGUGAUGACACACUGGAGUACCUGGGGUCUCCUAGCCGACAGGUGAAGGUGCCACAAGUGGCCAUGUCCACAGCACGCCUGCGCAGUCGGCCAGAGCUGGUCGCCCGCUUCCUCAUCAAGUACCUGUUCCCAGAGCACGUGCUGAUCAGGAGCAACGUUUAUGGGAACCGAGAGCAUGGCAUCCAAGCUCUUGACCGAAAUAAGAUCAGCGCACUUCGAGAGCACCUGAAGGAUCGCUUCCCCUGGAUGUUGCUGGAGGAGAACGGACAGGACUGGAAGGUGUGCGUAGGAGCUAUCAACAGUACGAUCCGCAAAUUCCGUCACGACCUGAAAAAGGGCAAGAGCCGCAAGAAAGGCCGAUGAGAGCGGACCCAGAGCUGAAGAGGACCCGAGAGAGAAGAUGAGGAAGAGAGAAGAGGAGGCGAAGGGCUUCAGAAAGGAGACAGGGAGGCAACAGGGACGUCCUCAUAACGUGCACUGUAACCAACCUCUUUGAGUCCAUCAUUAAGCCAUGCCAAGAGCAGCUGGUCCUUUUAACUGGAAGGUUCAUUAGCUGUCUAAUGCUCUGGGCUCCUCAGUUUCUUUGUUUUUAUUGUCGGGCAUAUUUAUGUUGGGAUUCAGAUUCGGAGCUGCUGAUAUUUAUGCACUUUUGCCAAAGUCAUUUUCAAAGUCAUUCCUCUGGUGAAUUUGACAUGUAGCAGCAGUGAGCUUCUUCGUCUUUGGAAAGGACAUUUGUUGAUGUUUCUUUUAUGAACCCAAAAAGGCAUAUUAAUGAGCAUUUAUUUAUUUAUUUAUGAGAAAUUUUAAGGAGAUUAAUAUAUUUUCUCAAAAUCUA